GGAGUAGUGGCCAUUGGUCGGGAUGAGUACGGAGUAGUGGCCAUUGGUCGGGAUGAGUACGGCGUAGUGGCCAUUGGUUUUAGCAGUUAGAUCAUUGGUGAGUUUUAGUAGAGCAGUUUCAGUGGAGUGUAGAGUUUAGAGGUGAAUGGGAGAUGGGUCUUAAGUUGUUCAGUUGGUUGUGGUUAGAGGAGCAAGGGAGUCUAAUGUGGAUGAAACUGAACUGUUGCAGACAGCAGUGGCCAGGACCGGGAAGAGAUUCUGUCAUCGAGGCCGUUAGUUGCAGAGCAGAUAAAAGAAGGGUUUAAGUUGUGAAGGUUUCUGCGGGUAAUUGGUGCGUGGAG